GCAAACUCAAAGCUCGUGUUUCUUUCUCUGCAAUGGUCUCUGAAAUGGAGUCAGUACUGGUACUGUAUCCUUCACCAGCCAUGGGUCAUCUUAUCUCCAUGGUGGAGCUUGGGAAGCUCAUUCUUAAAUACUAUCCUUCAAUUUCCAUCACCAUCCUCACCAUCACCCCACCUUUCGACACCGGCGCUACCGCCUCUUAUAUCGCCGGCGUCUCCUCCACUACCCCUUCCAUCACCUUCCACCACCUUUCCACCACCCCUCUCCCUCGACCUGUCUCCUCCUACCCCUCCUUUGAAGCUCUAACCUCUGAGCUCUUAACCCUCAACAACCCUAAUGUCCACCAUGCCCUCCAGUCCAUAUCUCUCAACUCCACUGUCCUCGCCUUUAUCAUCGACUUCUUCUGCACCCCAGCUCUCGGCGUCGCCAAAGAACUCAACAUUCCGGCCUACUAUUUCUUCACCUCCUCCGGCACUGGCCUCGCCUUGUUCCUCUACUUCCCUACUCUUCACCGGAAAAACACUCAGCGUUUCAGAGAUACGAAUACCAUUCAUGAAGUUCCGGGGUUGCCGCCGUUACCAUCGGCGGAUAUGCCGGGGCCGCUGCUGGACCGGACCAGCAAAGAGUAUGAAUCUUUUCUAUACUACGCUACCCACAUUUCGAAAUCAGCUGGAAUCAUUGUGAACACGUUUGAAUCCUUGGAAUCGGAAGCUGUGAAAGCGAUUUAUGAUGGGCUCUGUGUGACGGAUGGUCCUACACCGCCAGUUUUCUGCAUCGGACCGUUGAUUGCUACACAGGGCGGACAUGGUGGGGGAGGUGAAAAAGAGUACUGUUUAAAGUGGCUGAACUCGCAGCCAAAACGAAGCGUCGUGUUUCUGUGCUUUGGCAGCUUGGGCGUCUUUUCAGAAGCGCAGUUGAAGGAAAUUGCAGUUGGGUUAGAGAAGAGCGGGCAGAGGUUCUUGUGGGUGGUCCGCAGCCCACCUUCCAAGGACAAGAGCAGGCGCUUUCUAGCACCAUCCGAUCCGGAUUUGGAUUCCUUACUCCCAGAUGGAUUCUUAGAUAGAACCAAGGACAGGGGCCUGGUGGUAAAGUCAUGGGCUCCACAGGUGGCAGUGCUGAAUCACGGCUCGGUUGGCGGGUUCGUGACUCACUGCGGGUGGAACUCGGUUCUGGAAGCCGUAUCCAGCGGCGUGCCGAUGGUGGCAUGGCCGCUGUACGCGGAGCAGAGGUUUAAUAAGGUUAUGUUGGUUGAAGAAAUGAAGGUAGCAUUGCCAUUGGAGGAAUCAAAAUCAGGGCUCGUGACAGCCACUGAGGUUGAGAAGCGGGUUAGAGAGUUGAUGGAGACUGAGAAAGGAUUCAACAUUAGGAACCAGGUUAAGGCCAUGAAAGAGGAAGCUAAGGCUGCGAUGAACGACGGAGGGUCGUCUCUUGUCGCAUUAGACAAGCUACUCAAGUCAUGUCGACAGAAACAAAUCUGAAUUUCUCCGUUUUUGGAAGCAUAGCCCCGUUUAGUCUAUGCUUUUUGUCAACUCUAUGAAAAUUGAGAUGGUGCACGUGCCCUUGUAUAAUUUUAAUCCUAUCUCAGUGAAAUUGAUGGUCUUAAUUUGCUUUUGCUUU